CGCGCGGGAGGGCGAGCGGGGCAGCGGGCCGGCGGGCUGACCGGGCCGGGGCUGGAGAAGUUUGCGCGGCGGCUCGAGAGCGCAGGGUGCGGGCCCCGCCGGCCGCUGCGCGCCCGCUGCCAUGGCUUUCCGCAGGAGGACGAAAAGUUACCCGCUCUUCAGCCAGGAGUUCGUCAUCCACAACCAUGCGGACAUCGGCUUCUGCUUGGUGCUCUGCGUCCUCAUCGGGCUUAUGUUCGAGGUCACCGCCAAGACUGCCUUCCUAUUUAUUUUACCUCAGUAUAACGUUAGCGUGCCUACAGCAGAGGUCUCCAGUUCGGGGUCCCACAGCACUUCUUCAGCACAGGGUGCUGAUGUGGCCUUUACCUCCACAGACAGUGAGACUGUGCACUACCACUAUGGGCCCAAGGACCUGGUCACCAUCUUGUUCUACAUCUUCAUCACCAUCAUCCUGCACGCCGUGGUUCAGGAGUAUAUUCUAGAUAAAAUCAGCAAACGGCUUCACCUCUCCAAGGUCAAACACAGCAAGUUCAACGAAUCUGGGCAGCUGGUCAUCUUUCAUCUCAGCUCAGUGGUAUGGUGCUUCUAUGUGGUGGUGACGGAAGGAUAUUUAACAAACCCGAGAAGCCUCUGGGAAGACUACCCGCACGUGUACCUCCCCUUCCAGGUGAAGUUCUUCUACCUGUGUCAGCUGGCUUACUGGCUGCACGCACUUCCGGAGCUGUACUUCCAGAAGGUACGGAAGGAGGAAAUCCCCCGCCAGCUCCAGUACAUUUGUCUGUACCUGGUCCACAUAGCCGGAGCAUACCUCUUAAACCUGAGCCGCCUGGGCCUCAUCUUGCUGCUGCUGCAGUAUUGCACCGAGUUCCUCUUCCACAUGGCUCGACUCUUCUACUUCGCGGACGAGAACAACGAGAAGCUGUUUAAUGCCUGGGCUGCUGUAUUUGGGGUCACCCGCCUCUUCAUCCUCACACUCGCUGUGCUGGCCAUUGGCUUUGGACUUGCUCGCAUGGAAAACCAGGCCUUUGACCCAGAGAAAGGGAACUUCAACACCUUACUUUGCAGGCUGUGCGUGCUGCUGCUGGUGUGCGCCGCCCAGGCCUGGCUCAUGUGGCGGUUCAUCCACUCCCAGCUGCGGCACUGGCGGGAGUACUGGAACGAGCAGAGCGCCAAGCGGAGAGGCCCAGCUGCCCCCAGACUGCCAACCAGGCUCAUCAAGAGGGAAUCUGGUUACCAUGAAAACGGAGUAGUGAAGGCAGAGAAUGGCACCUCCCCACGGACUAAGAAACUCAAGUCUCCUUGAGGCCAAAGUGCUGGAACAGGGAUCCUCUCAUGGGGGCCCAGCAGGGAGGUGGGGAGUCCUGCCCCCGCCACUGCCUUCCCCCUUCUGCUUCUGAUGCUGCCUCCCCAGCAGCGGGAACCUGUCUCCAAACGGGGCUUUUCCUCCUUUUUAUUUCUUGGCUUUCUCUUCUUAGUCUUCCAUAAACCAUUCUCCAUAAAACCAAAACUCUUCUUCUUCCUCUCCCUCAAGCCACCUCAUGUCCUCACCUCUGUGCUGUGUUGGGUUUUCUAGAAGCCCAGGCUCUCACGGUUCUCUCUUGGCUUGCCUCCUCUUUCUCUUCCUUCAUGGCUGCUUUCUUUGACUUUUCACCAUAUUGUGCAAUUUUUCUGUGUCUGAUUUUUACAACGAGAGGGAGCUCAAAUUGCAGUUGUGGCCAUCCGACACCCAGCAUCAGUGUCCAGGACCUGUCAGAGUCAGAAGCCUGGUGCCCAGGAGACUCCGCCCAGAGCCGCUAACAGGCCCGGGGUUGGGGG